AUGCCAAUCUUGAUGCUUUGUGCUACCAUCAACGGAUAUGAUGGGAGUCUCCUUAAUGGCCUUCAGACAAUUGAGAACUGGCGGGCUUACUUCAACCAUCCUUCCGGCUCUACUCUUGGCCUGUUCACUGCUAUUGUCAACAUCGGUGGCUUCAGUGCACUGUUCUUCUCCCCUUACAUUGCGGACUUCUAUGGCCGUCGUAUCGCGACUGCUAUCGGCAUCAUCAUCCUGGUCGUCGGCGUCAUCAUCCAAUCCGUUCCAAGCGUCAACGAGGGCAUGUUUAUCGGUGGUCGUUUCCUCGUAGGGUUCGGAUCCAACAUCUCCAUCGGAGCCGGUCCGCUGCUGAUCAUGGAACUGGCUUAUCCUCAGCAUCGAGGUAGGCUCACUGUGAUGUACAACAGCCUCUGGUAUGUCGGAAGUAUCGUCGCCGCCUGGACCGUCUACGGAACGAUCAAGUACACGGGUCAAGUCUCGUGGCGGGUUCCUGUCGCUUUGCAAUGCCUUAUGCCGGUGCUCCAACUGAUAGGCAUAUUCACGUUGCCUGAGAGUCCGCGUUGGCUAUGCUCAAAGGACCGAUCUAACGAGGCCUUUGAGAUCUUGGUCAAGUAUCACGCCAGUGGAAACCGCGAUGACCCCUUCGUCCGGGCCGAGUUCGCCGAGAUCCAAGAGACCAUCAAGCUUGAGAAGCUGGCGGCGGAGACGGGUUGGAUGGUGUUUUUCCAGACACCGGGAAACCGCAAGAGGUUGUUGCUCAUUGUGCUCACAUCGUUCUUCUCUCAAUGUUCAGGAAACGGCCUGGUCUCGUACUAUCUUCAUGACAUUCUAAGUUCCGUUGGCAUCGACGAGCCCAACUCUCAAUCUCUGUUUAAUGGCGGUCUCCAAAUCUGGUCGUUCCUUGUUGCAAUCUGUUUUUCGGUCUAUUUCAUCGAAAAACUCGGCCGAAGGAUUCUCUUCCUUAUCGCGGCCGUCGGGAUGCUCGUUGUUUUCAGUGUCUGGACUGGAUGCUCUGCAGUGUAUGCCCAAACAGGAAACAAAGACGCCGGGUCCGCGGUUCUGGCAAUGAUCUUCCUCUUCUAUGGAGUUGCUGGUUUCGCAUGGCCUGGCUUGACGGUUGCUUACUGCUCCGAGAUUCUCCCCUUCAGCAUACGAGCCAAGGGACUGGCAAUCUGCCUGGGAGUAACAGCGCUCUCUGGUGUUUUGAACCAAUACGUCAACCCCAUCGGACUCUCGUCGCUGGCUUGGAAGUUCUAUUUUGUCUACAUCGUCAUCUUGGUCAUUGAGGUGGUUUGCAUCUGGUUCCUCUUCGUGGAGACCAAGGGACCCACUCUUGAGGAGAUUGCCGUCCUGUUCGACGGCAAAGAUGCCAAAGUUUCCAAGGAGGCGGGAAUGGACGGCGACGCUACGUUUGAGCAAGUGGAGGUCCGUAAGGCUGCGGAAAAGGUCUAG